CAUGCACCACACUUCACGGUCACUGUCCGUCUAACAUCCACCCAACAUGUACGGCACCGUCGGCCAGACGCUACCGGCGAUCCAAAGCUUACAGGAUUGCGCUGACUUCUCGAAGACGGUGCUCCCGCAUCUUCGCCACUUUUGGGAAAGCACGCUCUCUCGCACCUCCGUCCAAGACCUCACCAACAUUGAGGUAUACAAGCAAUUCUACUUCUCCACCAACCCCCUCGUGACCGCCCUCGUCUUCUCCGUCGCCUUGUUCCCCAUCUUCUUGCUCGUCAGCGAGGUCAAUCGCAACUACAGCCAGGUGGACCGCGUGUGGAGCAUCCUGCCCACCGUCUACAACAUCCACUAUGCCGUCUGGGCACGCCUACAUCACCUCCCCACCAAACGUCUCGACAACGUACUAGCGUUCAGCGUGCUGUGGUCGCUCCGCUUGACCUUCAACUACUGGCGAAGAGGCGGCUAUCAAAUCGGCAGCGAGGAUUACCGCUGGAUGAUCAUCAAGAAGCGCAUCGGAGGUCCCGCCUUCACCCUGUUGAACAUCCUCUUCAUCUCCACCACGCAGAUCCUAGUCCUCUUCGCCGUCACCACGCCCACCUACAUCAUCCUCCUCACCUCCCUCAUCAACCCCGACCUCACCUGGGCCGACGCCGCCAUCUCCCGCACCCUGAUAGGCCUCGUCGUCAUCGAGUACUUUGCCGACCAGCAACAAUGGAACUACCAGCAAGCCAAAAAGUCCUACCAGGCCACCGCCAAAGUGCCCCCCAACUGGACGCACGGCCAAAUGGAGCGCGGCUUCGUCACCGCCGGCCUCUGGUCCUGGAGUCGCCAUCCCAACUUCGCCGCCGAGCAGACCAUCUGGUUCUUGCUGUACGUUUGGGGGUGUGCGCGCAGCGAGACAUACAUCAAUUGGACGCUGCCGGGGGCCCUUGUAUACCUUGCCAUCUUUCAAGGAAGUACGCCGCUCACCGAAGGGGUGUCGAGGGGCAAGUACCCGGAGUACAAGUUUUACCAAGAACGCGUGGGGCGGUUUUAUCCCAAUAUCUUUGGCCCGGGCUGGGAUGAUGGAGAGAUGGAGACGCUGGCUAAGAAGUUGCUGGAGAAGGAGAAGAGACUGCAGGGGAAGGCCACGUAGAACACUGAGAGCGUGAGAAGGGCGAAAAGUUACGGCCAUGUGUGAUGGGAGGUGAAAUGGAUCUUGGGAGACAAUCGAGAAUGCACUUUCUCCACCACACCUGGAACAAAAAUACACUUAAAUCUAAGUGUCGAAUCGCAACUACAUAACCCACGCUUCCCCUCCCCUCCCCUCCCCUCUCAUCAACUCCCCCCCGCCCCCGUCCUGCCCUCCCCC